AUGGACGAACACGAAGUCACGGACGAAUUCGCUGAGUGGACGGAACAAGACGGCUGUUUUCAGGACCAUUCACUUAGCAUCUCGCUGUCCGCUACCAAUUCCAGCAAUGCCACGGGCAUCGAAUGCAUGAUGACCCUGAUAAGAAGCAUCAACCGGAUGCUACCUCAUGAAGAGAGAGACCCACGCAUACCCGAGCGUAAUUUGGAGGAGUCUCGAAACCCUCUCCUGCUUCGAGCCUGGACCUUGAAAGAAUGGACAUUGGCAGACAAAACCGAGCUGGUCAGCUGGAUGGGCUUUUCUGAAGUCGAGAGUGCAGCCUUUGAAGAAAUUUUGACUCUUCCCUUGAUGAACAAAACCCUUUGGGCGAGGAAGCAGCACCAUCUUUCCGAUCGAUACAUCGUAAAAUCCGACUCCUCCGAAUGGGAGCUGGCACAGGACGAUUGUGAUUAUGAGCGUGCCCGUCGAAGCCUCAUUCGAAUUGAGCACAAGUCUGGCUCUGACCCGGUUGACCUCACAGCUGAGAUACAGCGCAAGUUCGACUACAUCGAUAUCUUUGCCGACGGUUCUGGCCAAUCCUUCCUCGCACGACCGCCCGUAUUCGCCCGUAUCCUGUACACGCCCUCGGAAGACGAUGUUGAUGACAAUCUCGAAGCGCUUCAGGUCAUCAGCAUCAAAGACCAGGGCCAAGAAGACGAGACCCUUGACGCUGACCUCGAUCGCCUGCUGUGGCGCUAUGUUCUCGUUGCGGCCGUCCGCCUGCGGGACCGCCCGAAUGGCCACGACAAGAUCCGUCUCUUCACUCCUGACGGCGCCGAUAUCGCACGGUCCGUCAAUGGUCUAUAUAAUGACCCCUACUGGCACGUUGGCGCACGAGGCCACUCAUACUUUCUGCUUGGUCUAGAGAAGUCCUUCGCAGUUAUCAUGAAGAGUCUUCCAAACGCACUCUCCAAACUCGACUCCGACUCUGGGCAGAUAUUACAGAGCUUGUUGGCGCCGCCCAGGCUUUGGGAGGUCAAGCCCCUACGGGUUGUCGUCUGGCUAAGGGCGAGUUAG